AUGUCCAAUGAUCACGACGACAACCUGGCCUAUGGAGACUACCAUGGCGAUGAAAGUGGAGAGCGCGGGCUCAUCGGCGACUUUGGGCGCCGCUUCCUUGGGGAGAGAGCUGAGGCUGAGCCGUCUGAUAUAACCUCUGCCCACCGCCGCCCCCUCCACCACCCGUUCUCCCCUCAUUCCGCCCAGCCGCAAGGCGAGCCCACCCAUUACGAGCCCUAUUCCACCCAGAAACCGCCCCCGAUGGCUUCUUUCUUCAACAAGGUCGGCGAGCUGUUCACGGGCCACGAGGAGGAGGCCCCGACCACCCACGAGCAGGUCAGCACCGCUGCUGCUGAGACGGCCCAGGAGGGCGCUCAGAAGUAUGCCGACCACCGCUUCCUGAGCUUUGCUCCCCAGCGCCAUGACAACAACGUCAAGUGGUUUGUCGACGGCUGCGGCUACAUGUGGGCUGUGUCUGAGGCCCUGGAACGGGCCAAGGAGUCCAUCUGGAUCCUCGACUGGUGGCUUUCCCCGGAACUGUACCUGCGUCGUCCGCCUGCGAAGAACCAGAUGUACCGCCUUGACCGCAUGCUGCAGGCCGCUGCCGAGCGCGGCGUCAAGGUCAACGUCAUCGUCUACAAGGAGGUCGAGCAGGCCCUGACCCGUAAGUACCUGAGUCCCUGGCUCCCCGGAUAUCUCCAUUCCCUCUUCCCCGACUCGACCGACCCAAUUACCAGGGCGCUCGCGCGUGUCGGAUUGGACGUCAUAUUCAAGUCUUUGGACUAUGCUGAGGCAACGGACCCGCUGAUUGCCCCGCCUGUUACAGUUUCCUCCAAGCACACCAAGCACCACCUCGAGGGCCUGCACCCCAACAUUGCCGUCCAGCGCCACCCUGACCACUAUGUCGACCACAACACCCUCACCCAGGAUCUCAUCGACGAGUUCAAGGGCUUCACAUUGAGCGCCAAGUCGAUUUCUACUGCUCCGUGGGACGCCUUCAAGGCCAUCUACGGUUCCAACCAGGAUACCGUCCUCUUCUGGGCCCACCACGAGAAGCUGUGUCUUAUCGACGGUGAGAUUGCCUUUAUGGGUGGUCUUGAUCUCUGCUAUGGCCGUUGGGACACCAACCAGCACGAGAUCGCCGAUGUCCACCCUGGUGACCUGAACAAGAUCGUCUGGCCGGGACAGGACUACAACAAUGCUCGUAUCAUGGAUUUCCAGGAUGUUGAGAACUGGCAGAACAACAAGCUUUCUCGCGAGCAGAGCUCUCGUAUGGGCUGGUCCGACGUUGCCCUGAGCCUCAACGGCCCUGUCGUGGCAGAUCUGCAGGAGCACUUCACCCAGCGCUGGAACUACAUCUUCCACGAGAAGUACAAGAUCAAGAACGACGGCAGGUUCGAGAGGUUGAGCGUGAAGAAGCCUGCCCCUAAGCAGCAGGACGAUGAUCUUGCCUACGGCGAGGAGGACAGUGGCUACGGCUUCCGCAAGACUCUAACCAGCCUUUCGCACCACGCCCACCACCAGUUCCAGCGUGCUGAGCACCACUUCGGCUACGGCCAACAGGAGCAGCAGCCUGAGAGUGAGAUCCACGAGGGUUCCAAUGAUCGUGCUGGCACCGGUGCAGCUGCGAUCCAGUUGACUCGUAGCUGCGCCGAGUGGAGCCACGGCUGCAAGGUCGAGCACUCGAUUCAAAACGCCUACAUCGAGACCAUCAAGAACAGCAAGCACUUCAUCUACAUUGAGAAUCAGUUCUUCAUCACGGCAACAUGCGAAGACCAGAAGCCCAUCAAGAACAUGAUCGGUGCCGCCAUUGUCGAGCGUGUGCUGCGUGCCCACAAGAACGGCGAGAAGUGGAGGGCCAUCGUCAUGAUCCCCGCCGUCCCUGCUUUCCCCGGUGACCUCAAGUCGGACGAGGCUCUCAGCACUCGCGCCAUUAUGGAGUUCCAGUACAAGUCGAUCAACCGUGGCAAGGGCAAGAGUAUCUACGAGACCAUCGCUGCCGAAGGCAUCAACCCGAUGGAGUACAUCCGCUUCUACAACCUGCGCAACUACGACAGACUCAACAUCAGCGGCUCCCUUGAGAAGGCCGAGGAAAACGCUGGUGUGUCGUACGAAGAGGCUCGUGAAGAGCACGACCGCAAGUACGGCGGCCGCUACCAGGAGCGCGAAGGCGAGGACGACGGAUACCCCCGCGGCGACGACGAGGAGGAUCGCUACAGGGAGUACCAGCAAGGUGCCCGCGACAUCAGCCGCGACCGCGGCCUGGGCAGCGGCAAGUGGGACAGCGUUUCCGAGUGCUACAUGCUCGGCGGCGAGGACAUCAGGAACGUCCCCUGGUCCGGCAGCACCCCCGAGAUCGACGCCUUUGUCACCGAGGAGCUCUACAUCCACUCCAAGCUCCUCAUCGCCGACGACCGCAUCGUCAUCUGCGGUUCUGCCAACCUCAACGACCGCAGCCAGCUCGGCUUCCACGACUCCGAAAUCGCCGUCGUUAUCGAGGACCCCACUCCCUGCGACUCCCUCAUGGACGGCCAGGAGUGGCGUGCGUCCAAGUUCGCGGCCAGUCUGCGUCGCCAGAUCACGCGCAAGCACCUGGGUCUCCUCCCCUGGCAGGACUACACCCGCCCCGACGAGAACUUCCGCCCCAUCGGCGUGCCCAACCGCUACGACUGGGGCAGCCGCGAGGACGAGCUCGUCGUCGACCCUAUCUCGGACGACUUCCUCAACCUGUGGAACACGACGGCCAAGACCAACACGGACGCCUUCGCCGAGGUCUUCCACGCCGUGCCGUACGACGGCGUGCGCACGUGGGACCAGUACGACGACUACUACGAGCGCUACUUCAAGGACGACGAGGAGGAGAAGGAGAAGAAGGACGAGGAGGCCAAGGAAGACGGCGGCCACGAGGGAAAGCCUCGCCGCUACAAGCGCGGCCACGUCAUCUCCGAGAACUUUGCGCCCGGCGAGGAAGGCGCCCGCCAGGUCAAGGAGAUCCUCAGCCGCGUCCGUGGCAUGCUGGUCGAGAUGCCCCUGCUCUUCCUCAAGGAUGAGGAUGUGGCUAAGAACGGUGUGCAGCUGAACGCUUUCACUGAGGAGGUUUAUACUUAA